UUCUGUUUGAACUCCGUUAGUUCAAUAUUAACUCGAGCAGCAGAGCAGCAGCAGGAGGAGGAGGAGGAGGAUUUCUGGGAUUUGUUAGCAGUGUUUCAGCUCGGUUUGAUGUUCCAGGGCUUUUCAGGAUUGCAGAAUUUCUCAUGGUAAAGAAUGGGAGCAGUACCAGCGCCUCUCCUUGUCACGCUUCUCCUCAGCCUGGUGUUUCAGCUCACAUUCUGCUACGAUGUUUUUAUCGAUGAGAAGACGGCGUCUCAGGUGAUCCGAGCAAAGAGAGCAAACUCACCUUUUGAAGAGUUAAAGAGUGGGAAUCUGGAGAGGGAAUGUCUGGAGGAGAUCUGUGACCAUGAGGAGGCUCGAGAGGUGUUCGAGGACAACAGUAAAACGACUGCAUUUUGGGACACAUACUUGGCAUGUUCUGGCAACUUGAUACAGCGGAAUGUGGAUACUGUUCGAGUAAUCCGGACUUGUUUAGAUCAUAAGGGUAUCUGCUACGUUAAUAACGGUGAAUAUUACGGAGGUAAAGUGAAUGUGACUAUCUCAGGGAAGCCAUGCCAGUACUGGAGAAGCAACUUCCCUCACCGAAUCACUGAGUUGAAUACAACAACCCUAAACCUGCCUGAGAAUUUGUGCAGAAAUCCAGAUAAAAGACCUGGUGGGCCGUGGUGUUUCACCAGUGACCCCACUGUCAGGACAGAGAAAUGUGCAGUGCCAAAAUGUGGUGAGAAGUUGCUGCCCACUAUUCCCCCUGUCCAAGUAAAGGAUGUAGCUGAGCGCUACCGUCAAACCAACUGUUUACAGGGCUAUGGCGAGAGCUACACUGGAACGCUCUCAGUGACGCUACACGGCCACAACUGCCUGAACUGGAACCUUCCCAAAGUGAAAGCUCUGAGUGCAAGUAAGGAUUUCAGCCAGGAUGUUGUUCUAUUGAAGAACUACUGCAGGAACCCGGAUGGAGAUCUGGAGGGCCCAUGGUGCUACGUGAAGGACAGGGGAAACAUCACCAUGGACUACUGUGAUCUUGAGCUCUGUGAUGCUCCUCUGGAUGGGGUGAUCGAGGAAGAUGGGGUUCGUCAAAGAACUGUUGGAGCAAAAAAGGACACAUUCUUUAACCCUGAUAGCUUUGGGCAGGGAGAAUUGGAAUGUGGCGAGCGACCGAUGUUUGAGAAAGUCAACAAAGACGACGCAACGGAAUCAGAGCUCAUCAAAUCCUACGAGAAAAGAAUCGUACAAGGAGAGACGGCUGAAGUCGGAAGUGCGCCAUGGCAGGUGAUGCUGUAUAAACGAAGUCCUCAGGAGCUGCUGUGUGGAGCCAGUCUGAUCAGUGACCAGUGGAUCCUCACUGCUGCUCACUGUAUCCUUUACCCUCCAUGGGGCAAGAACUUCACCAUCGAUGACAUUCUUGUGCGACUCGGAAAACACGAGCGGGCUAAGUAUGAGAGAGGCAUAGAGAAGAUCGUGGCUAUUGAUGAAAUCAUCGUCCAUCCUAAAUAUAACUGGAAGGAGAAUCUGAACCGAGACAUCGCUCUGCUGCACAUGAAGAAACCCGUCACCUUCACCAGCGUCAUCCACCCCAUCUGCCUUCCCACCAAGAACACCGUAAACACUUUGAUGUCAGUCGGAUAUAAGGGUCGUGUAACCGGCUGGGGAAACCUGAAAGAAGCAUGGACGUCUAACCCUCAGAACCUUCCACCGAAACUGCAGCAGAUUCACCUGCCCAUCGUGGACCAAGAUAUCUGUCGUAAAUCCACCGCCAUUCGCAUCACAGACAACAUGUUCUGUGCAGGUUACAGUCCUGAGGAUAAUAAAAGAGGUGAUUCGUGUGAAGGAGACAGCGGUGGACCUUUUGUGAUGAAGAACCCAGAUGAUAAACGCUGGUACCAGAUCGGCAUCGUGUCCUGGGGUGAAGGCUGCGAUCGGGACGGCAAAUACGGGUUCUACACUCAUUUGUUCCGUAUGCGCCGCUGGAUGAGGAAAGUCAUAGAUAAAUCAGAGGCUUCUGAUGAUGACUGAAGUUCUUUACGUUGAUAAUAAUAUUGAGAGCACAAAACUAAAUCUGAUUUCUUUCCAAAAACUACAUUUCAUCUGACAAUAAAAUCGAAUUCUUAUCAAA